UAUAAAGGCUCUGCGAGGAGGCAGAACAGCUCCUCUCCUCUCCUCUGCUCUCCUCUGGAAAAGCUGGAAAGAUCUGGAUCAGAACCUCAAGCUUCUAACCAGUCCGUCCACACCUCUGCAGGCAUGGCAUCAGGAGCCAAACGGGGAAUUCUGGAGCGUCUCAAUGCAGACGAAAUCGUUAUCGGAGAUGGAGGGUUUGUCUUUGCUCUGGAGAAGAGAGGCUACGUUAAAGCAGGGCCUUGGACCCCGGAAGCUGCAGCAGAGCAUCCUGAGGCUGUGCGACAGCUGCACAGGGAAUUCCUGAGGGCGGGGUCAAAUGUCAUGCAGACCUUUACGUUCUACGCCAGCGACGACAAACUUGAGAACCGAGGCAACGCUCUCAGCUUCACUGGGCAGCAAAUUAACGAGGCAGCUUGUGACCUGGCCAGGGAGGUGGCCAAUGAGGGCGAUGCCUUGGUGGCGGGCGGUGUCUCCCAGACCCCUUCCUACCUCAGCUGCAAAAGCGAGUCUGAAGUGAAGGCCAUCUUCAAGAAGCAAAUGGACGUCUUCAUCAAGAAAAACGUGGACUUCUUGAUUGCUGAGUACUUUGAGCACGUGGAGGAGGCUGAGUGGGCCGUGCAGGUUCUGAAGGACACUAAGAAACCCGUGGCUGCCACCAUGUGCAUCGGACCAAUGGGGGACAUGCACGGAGUCACCCCCGGAGAGUGCGCCGUCAGGCUGGUGAAGGCUGGUGCUGACAUUGUCGGAGUGAACUGCCACUUCGACCCGAUGACCUGUGUGAAGACUGUGGCCAUGAUGAAGGCUGCUGUGGAGAAGGCAGGGCUGAAGGCUCAUUACAUUGUGCAGCCUCUGGCCUACCACACCCCUGACUGCGGCUGCCAAGGCUUCAUCGACUUGCCCGAGUUCCCUUUCGCUCUGGAGCCCAGGGUGCUGACCCGCUGGGACAUGCAGCACUACGCCAGAGAAGCUUUCAAAGCUGGUAUCCGCUACAUCGGGGGCUGCUGCGGCUUCGAGCCCUACCACAUCCGUGCUGUGGCUGAGGAACUGGCCCCAGAGAGAGGGUUCCUGCCCAAGGCCGCAGAGAAACACGGCAUGUGGGGCAGUGGCCUGGAGAUGCACACCAAGCCCUGGGUCAGAGCCAGAGCCCGUCGUGAAUACUGGGAGAAGAUGAAGCCCGCCUCUGGCCGUCCACUGUGCCCCUCUAUGUCCACCCCUGACGGCUGGGGCGUCACCAAGGGCCACGCUGACCUGAUGCAGCAGAAGGAGGCCACCACCAAGGAUCAGCUGCGUCCGCUGUUCAACAAGGCCGACACCAAGAACUGAAGGGCCCGAAUCCGGGUCUCCGACACGUACCCAUGACAUCAGGGCUACGGGUGGCGUGUGAGAAGGAAAGAGACAAAAGAAGAGAAGGCCACUCUUUCUCCUCACCUCUUCUCCUCAUACUUUGAGUUUACACAUCAUAAGUAAUUAAAAGAAAAGACGCGUUCUUAUUGGCUCGUUUUAGCAGGACCAUUUUUUAUGGAAACAAACGUUCAGUAUUUUUUUUCCCAGCUCUCUCUUGCCGUGUUAGUUAGUUUUGCAGGUUUGCCUCUUCCAGCGUUGGCAUGGCACAGUGGACUUAACAUUCGUAGAACAGUUCUAACUGCCUCUUUUCAGUCUGUACUCAAGUCUUUCAUUUGACUUUUAACCCAAGUUCCUUGCUGUUACCUGUAGAUGGCACUGUAGGACUCCUCACUGCUGAGAUUGCAGUGAUGUGACCACAAUCGUUUAGGAGUAGUUCAGCGCAGAUGUAGUCAGGCUACAUUCCAGGUUUCCUGAACACUCCAGUGUUGUCCAUGCAAGUGACUGAACCUCGACUCUUUUUUUUUUUUUUGUUAACUUUUUUGCCUCAUUAAAAAAUUGAAUGUGA